UCCCGGAUGUGGUUACCUUAGUUGACUUGACACCGGCGAGGAGAGCUGAAGAUGAAGGAGCGGUGAAGAAGAAGAGGAAGAAAAGGAACUACAGCUCGCUAACUAUUAUAUUUAAUCUCCUGGUUUUGUGAUAAUGGCGCCUUUAGACCUUGAUAAGUACGUUGAGAUAGCCAGACACUGCAAAUACCUGCCGGAGAACGACCUAAAGAGAUUAUGUGAUUAUGUUUGUGAUCUACUGCUGGAAGAAUCAAACGUUCAGCCGGUCUCUACUCCGGUUACUGUUUGUGGAGAUAUUCAUGGUCAGUUUUAUGAUCUAUGCGAGCUCUUCAGAACUGGAGGCCAAGUUCCAGACACAAAUUACAUUUUCAUGGGAGACUUUGUAGACAGAGGAUAUUAUAGCUUGGAGACAUUUACACAUCUGCUAGCUUUAAAAGCAAAGUGGCCGGAUCGUAUCACACUUCUACGUGGAAACCACGAAAGCAGACAAAUAACACAAGUGUACGGCUUUUACGAUGAGUGCCAAACAAAAUAUGGAAACGCAAAUGCCUGGCGGUAUUGCACAAAAGUGUUUGACAUGCUGACUGUGGCGGCUUUGAUAGAUGAGCAGGUGCUGUGUGUCCAUGGCGGUCUUUCACCUGACAUCAAGACGUUGGACCAGAUCCGCACCAUUGAACGCAACCAGGAGAUUCCCCACAAGGGGGCCUUCUGUGAUCUUGUGUGGUCAGAUCCAGAGGAUGUGGACACCUGGGCUAUCAGUCCACGAGGCGCAGGCUGGCUGUUCGGCUCCAAGGUUACUAAUGAGUUUGUGCACAUCAACAAUCUGAAGCUCAUCUGCCGCGCACAUCAGCUGGUUCACGAAGGCUACAAGUUCAUGUUCGACGAGAAGCUGGUGACCGUGUGGUCGGCGCCCAACUACUGCUACCGCUGCGGAAACAUCGCGUCCAUCAUGGUCUUUAAGGACGUAAACAGACGAGAGCCCAAGCUGUUCCGCGCCGUGCCCGACUCCGAGCGCGUCAUACCUCCCCGAACGACCACCCCCUACUUCCUCUAAUAAUAAUGUAUUUUAAGAAAUUCAUGGAAGUACCGUUCCUUUCAGGUCUACAGCAUCUUGAGUAGUUUCUUCCAAGGCUACAGUCUGUUUGCACCACACUCACUUUGUUCUGUCAUAAAGGAAAAAAACAUCCUCUUCUACCCCCCGAUUAGAAAAUGAUACCUUUUAAAUAUCUUCAUAUUUUAAUGAUAAGAAAAUGUUGAAUGGUUUAAUUUUGAUGUUAUGUAUCCCACUGAAGCAAAUAAAACACUUAAACUGGUGGUAACUGCCAAUAGUACAUGUUCAAAUAAAGUGAUAUAUAUUUUAUUUAUCAUUGUAGCAGUUUGUCAUGGUUGCCUUUUGAAAGACUGGACUAGUUUUCUCCUCUCAGGAUGACUGGAAUUAGGAAAUAAACUGUUGUGAUAAUUGCUGUAACUCACUGUAUAAACAGCUGCUGAGCCAUCCUCCGGCAUUCUGCCUUAAAUGUGGGUUUCAUUUUUAAGCGUCAGUUUAAGUUUUUUUUUAAUCAUGUGUUACUGCAGACUAUUUUUUAUGAGAGUGUGAUGAGUUGUUGCUGCAACAGUGACUUUUAUACGGAAGCGUGAUGGAUUCACUUGAGAAAACAAUAUUGCCCUGUUUUUCUGAAUUAACGAGAUACCUCAAAAUCCCAAGAGAAGCUCUCAUUUACUUAAGAGCUCGAUUUCAUGGAAGCAAAACAUGUCCCGCCUGUUUAGUUAAAUCCAGCACUGACAAAACCUAUGAAUAAUAGGUGCAACUGUGGUGCAUUUGUCUCUUGAGUCACCACGUAGCCAACCUGAAUACAUCUCAGAUGCAUCAUUUUAUGUCCGUCUCCCAAUGUCUCAAAUCCAAACCAAAAAUAAACUGGAUUAAACUAAA